AUGACAGCACUUACCACAGACAAGCCACAGACCGCCUCACACCCCACCGGUGUGACCCCCUCAACAGCAACUAGCUCGACCUCCACUGCUGAAGCACCCACGAGAACCACUCCCCUCGCCCCAGAGCCCCCCCUUCAGCCUACCCCCAUACCAGCCCCAGGAAUUCAUGGUGCCCUCUUCCACGGUGAAAAUGGGCGCCACUCCCCCACGCCCGCCAUGCCCCAACCCGGCGCCACCCCUUUCCUCCCAAAAGAGACCGCCGCACCCGGCACAGGCCACAGCAGUCGCUGCAGCAGUGUCAAUCCCAACGACACGCUGCCACCAACACCCAACUGCGGCCCUGCCGAGCCGUACCCGCCGCAGAUGCGGUUGCGCGAGAACAUGGCACCAACACGAUCGACGCUGCCGUUACCCCCCGGGGCGCGUAUGCAAGGGGAGCAGGAGGUGCGGCCGACUACGCAUCUGCCGGUCGACGACCACAUCGGAAGGCCUGCGACAAUGAAUGUGGCCGUGCCCACAGAGUACCACAAUGCGUUGCCGUCGCGGCCCGUGCAAGAGCCGAGUUAUACGGCGGCUAGGAGAAGAAGUGCGGAGGUCCAUCCGAGUGGGUACAGGCAGAACUCUGGGGCUAUGGAGAAGCCCAGGUAUUAUGGGGUAGAGAACGAGAACGAGAAUGAGAAUGAGAGGAGAGGGGACAGGAAUGGGGAGGAGACUUUGUUGGGAAAGUUGGGAAAGUGGGUGGAGGGCCUCAAUAAUAAGAUUGUGGAGACGGGAAUCACGGGGGAUACAAAGGGCAAAGGAAAGGAGUCUCAGUAA